CCCACGUCCCCUCCUUGGGCCGCUUUAAACUGCGAUAGUGGAGGAUAAAGCAGAAGUCGGAAACUGGAUUGGGGGAAAAAAAAGGGAUCUCGUUGAGAAUCACAACUAGAGCGGACUGGGGGAUACAGAGACGGCACGUCCAGCAGUGUGGGAGCGCAGACUGAUGGCGCAAAGGUACGAUGAACUUCCUCAUUACGGUGGGAUGGAUGGAGUCGGGGUACCGGCGUCCAUGUACGGAGACCCUCACGCCCCCCGGCCGAUCCCUCCAGUCCACCACCUGAACCACGGACCGCCGCUGCACAGCCAACAUUACGGGCCGCAUACACCUCAUCCUAAUGUCAUGCCCACAAGCAUGGGCUCUGCUGUCAACGAUGCCCUAAAGAGAGAUAAAGAUGCAAUUUAUGGGCAUCCUUUAUUUCCUCUGUUAGCGCUGGUUUUUGAGAAAUGUGAGUUAGCGACCUGCACUCCACGAGAACCCGGCGUAGCUGGCGGUGACGUUUGCUCGUCUGAUUCCUUUAACGAGGACAUAGCAGUAUUCGCGAAGCAGGUGCGCGCAGAAAAGCCACUAUUCUCUUCAAAUCCAGAACUGGAUAACUUGAUGAUUCAAGCUAUACAAGUAUUAAGGUUCCACCUCUUGGAGUUAGAAAAGGUCCACGAACUGUGUGAUAAUUUCUGCCACCGGUACAUUAGUUGUUUAAAAGGAAAAAUGCCAAUAGAUUUAGUCAUCGACGAACGAGAUGGAAGUUCAAAAUCUGACCACGAAGAGCUGUCCGGAUCGUCGACAAAUCUAGCAGAACAUAAUCCAUCAUCUUGGAACAGAGACCAUGAUGAUGCAACGUCAACACACUCUGCCGGCACACCAGGACCCUCCAGUGGGGGCCAUGCCUCCCAAAGUGGGGACAACAGCAGCGAGCAAGAUAAAUUCGGCCUUCUGCAAAGGAAAAGCCAUCUUUGCCAUCUUCUACUAGGUGAUGGGUUAGACAACAGCGUUGCUUCACCAGGCACAGGUGACGAUGAUGAUCCAGACAAGGAUAAAAAGCGUCAGAAAAAGAGAGGCAUUUUCCCCAAAGUAGCUACAAAUAUCAUGAGGGCAUGGCUCUUUCAGCACCUCACGCAUCCGUACCCAUCAGAGGAGCAGAAGAAACAGUUAGCUCAAGACACGGGGCUCACAAUCCUACAAGUGAACAACUGGUUCAUUAAUGCCAGGAGAAGAAUAGUACAACCCAUGAUCGACCAAUCAAAUCGAGCAGGUUUUCUUCUUGAUCCUUCAGUAAGCCAAGGAGCAGCGUACAGUCCAGAGGGCCAACCAAUGGGAAGUUUUGUAUUGGAUGGUCAGCAACAUAUGGGAAUUCGACCUGCUGGUUUACAAGGCAUGCCAGGGGACUAUGUAUCUCAGGGUGGUCCUAUGGGUAUGAGUAUGGCACAGCCAAGUUACACUCCUCCCCAGAUGACCCCACACCCUGCCCAGUUAAGACACGGACCCCCAAUGCAUUCCUAUCUCCCGAGUCACCCACAUCACCCAGCCAUGAUGAUGCAUGGAGGACCCACGCCUCACCCUGGAAUGCCAAUGUCAGCACAAAGCCCCACAAUGUUGAAUCCUGUAGACCCCAAUGUGGGGGGACAGGUUAUGGACAUCCACGCCCAAUAGUAUAAGGGAAAAACAUGAGAAAAAAAUGUAAGACUUUAAAAUUUGAACAGAUGUUGACACUUAAUGGAAUUCCAGAUGAGCUGUGAUUUUUCUUUUCACUCAACGCCAGCAGAGGACCAAUGGCAAAGCCAGGCUAACAUGGAGCCAAAAGCUUUCUUCACCUGAAAUUAACUCCAAUGUAAAGUUCCUCUGGAAAAAGACUGAAAGAUUUAUUACUACUGUAGCAUAAAUAUAGGAACUAAGUUAACUUGUACAUUUCUGUUGAUCACUCUAUUUCUGUUGCUUCCAAUAGUUUUUAGAAAGAAAGUUAUCCUUUUUCCACACUAUGUGUGUUGUUCUCAAAAUGGUUGUCCUCGUACAGCAAAUGGAGCCACGUUUCAGACCAGGUUGCCCAAGUCCAGCCAACUUGCCAUAGAGGAAGAAGCUAAGAUGAAGAUCCAUGAGACACUUUUGGAUGCGGCCAUAGGUGAAAGGUUUUAAGAAUGCACUAACAUACCUGAUUUUUCUGGAACAAACGCGGCCUGUAGUGACAAAGCCUACCUGGUCCAAGUGAAGGGCCUAUGUCUGAUCAUGUUCAGGAUUGACUCUUCUCCAGAGAGCUUGUUGAUGGAAACCUGAAGAUGAAUUAGCAGCUUCCUGCUAUGCCUGUGGGCCACAGCAUUGAGAAAAUGUUGUCACACAAACAACUCAGAAUGCUCUUGGGCAGACUUUUCUUAAUGAAAUUUCCUUUUGCUGGUCUUGCACCAAAACAGAGACCUUUUUAAAUGAACUCAAACUGCUUGGAACAAGCAACGACAAAACAAAUCCUGUAACAUACUUGGUACAGAGAGUUCAGUAUAUUAAUUGUUACAUGUUAGAUAUCUAUGUGUUUACCUCAAUGAGAAAUAACGAAUGUUUUGCUAGUAUCAAAUCUGCUGUGGAAUUGGUAUUGUAUGUCAAUGAAUUCCUUACUUUUAUCAGCACGUUGUCACUAGAAGAAAAUGAUGUUUCCCUUGCGAGCUUUGUCAGAUUACAUAAAUACUUGUAUGAGGACUGUGACGUAUGUUUAAAAGGUGUUCAGUCACAAAAUGCCGUAAUAAAUAUUUCAUUUUUA